AUGUCACAAGUCGUGCCUGUGCCUUCUCCUUUGCUGGCGUCCUUGCCGUCGGCCGUGCCUUCCCAGAGCUCGAGGGCUGUUGCCGCCACCGGAGCACCCUCCGAACCACGCGUCCUCGCGUGUGUCAUGUGCCAGCAGCGCAAGGUCAAGUGCAACCGCAAGUUCCCCUGCAACAACUGCAUCCGGCUCGGCGUCUCGUGCGUGCCCGCCACCCUCAAUCCACGCCGCCGGCGCCGCCGUUUUCCCGAGCGCGAGCUGCUCGACCAUGUGCGGCGCUGCGAGGCGCUGCUACGGCAGAAUCAUGUGCGCUUCGACUCGCUCUUUGAAGAGGCCGUGGGCGGAUCUGACGCUGAACGUGACGGCGAUGAAAUCGACCGCGGAAAGAACACCAAUAAAGCGUCCCACGAUGCAGCGUCGUCUCUGGCGGCCCUUCGGCGGGGUCAAGGCGCCAGUCGAGGCAGACAAGGAGGCCGUGGAGGUCAUGGAGAGGACGACUCGGAGAUGGUGCUAGACUCUGACGGCGACGAGGCUAGAGUGGUUGGAAGCGCGGCCAAGGCUGCCUUCUCGGAUGCUGGACCUUCAUCUAUGCUGCCUGCCACGACACCAACACCAGGCACAGAGGUGGAACGCCGUGCCGAAGCCAACAACUUCUGGAAGGCGAUCCGCAAAGGUUUCCAUGACCCAGCCAAUGGCGGAGCCAGCCACGACCGCAACACAGCCACCGCCGCAGGCUCCACCAAUGCCGGCACAAACAACAGCGACAACUCCCGGGGCCAUGUCGACGGCAACAGCUCCGACUCUGAAACCGAGUCUGAGAUCCGCAACAGCAGUUCUGCGCUGCGCCAGAUGUGGGCGCGCCAGCUGGGCAGCACCGGCAGCCUGUUUUUUCGAGGACCGCAUUGGACGCUGGCCAAUGUGACGGCCCUCCAUCCAGGCCCUGUCCAGAUUUUUCGUUUGUGGCAGAUCUACCUCCAAAAUGUCGAUCCAUUGCUCAAGAUCACACACACGCCGAGCCUCCAGGGCCAGAUUGUUGAGGCCACUAGCAAUCUCGAGGGAAUCAGCCCGAACCUCGAGGCCUUGCUGUUUAGCAUAUAUUGUGUUGCUGUCCACAGUAUGUCGCCGUCCGACUGCCAGACCGCCUUUGGAACGUCCAAAGACGCGCUGCUGGCCACCUACCAGCCGGCCUGCGAACAGGCACUGCUCAACAGCGGCUUUCUGCGGACGUCCGAGCGCGACUGUCUCGCCGCCUUCUUCCUGUACCUCAUCUCCCUUGGCCACUCCAUCGACCCGCGCUCGUUGUAUGCCAUGCUCGGUGUGGCCAUGCGCGUUGCCCAGACCAUGCAGAUCAACAACGAAGUCGGGCCCGGCGCCCGCCUGGCGCCCCUCGAGGCCGAGAUGCGCCGUCGCCUCUGGUGGGCCAUGGCCCUCUUUGACUCGCGCAUCAGCGAGUUGGCCAACCACAGCCCGGCCAUGCUGGACCCGACCUGGGACUGCCGCCUGCCAUUGAACGCCAACGACUUCGAUUUUAGACCCGAGCUCAAGGAGCCGCCCGUGUCAGUUUCGGCAGCUGGUGGUCGUGCUGCCGUGUCGUCUGAAGCGCUGUUUGCCGUUGUGCGCAGCGAGCUCGGCAACGCCAUGCGGCACGCUGAAUACUACCUGGCGCUGUCAAACCCAGCCCUCAAAUGCAUGGCGAGGGACCGCGAGUACGUCGUUCAGGGUAACGCCAACAACCGAAACAGCAGCCGAACAGGCCGGCUUCCCGAAUUUGCCGAAGUCAACGCCCUCGAAGAUCUGAUUGAAGACAAGUAUCUACAAUACUGCGACCCGGCUAACGGCCUGCACUACAUGACCAUCUGGAUGGCCAAGGGCUUUAUUGCCAAGUGCCGCUUGAUCAAAUACUUCUCGCGCUAUGCCAACGGUGGACCGGCGAGCGCCGGCGUGGCUGCGAGCACGCCGACUUCUUCGUCUAGAUCCACCGGCAGUGGCACACCCUCGUCCAUCAAUCUCACUACGACAUCGUCCUCCGAAGCCUUGCGUGACUGUGCCCUCGCCGACGCACUUACCGUUAUCGAGAGUGACACCAACAUUAUGACCUCGCCCCUUACAAGUGGUUACCGCUGGCUGCUGCACCUCUACUUCCCGUUACCGGCCUACAUCUUUAUCACACAAGAACUGGCCAGCCGUAUUGGCGGUGCCCGGGCCACUCACGCCUGGGUUGCUAUGAACGACAACUACGAAGCUCGUUUCGCUCUGAGCGACAGCGAAGACCGUUACAUGUUCAAGAUGUUUGCCAGCACCAUCCUGCAGGCCUGGGACGCCUGUGAGGCCCGGUCGAGAGCCUCCGGUAAAAUGGAAUGCGAGGAUGGACCUGUGCCCCUGCCCCAGAUGAUUGUCCGCAUUCGCGCGCAGCUGGCGGAGGCCAGCCGCGACCGGACCGCCACGGAAAUUCCGGCAACGACCGACAUUACGUCUCUACAGUCGGGCGGAGGAAGUGUGCACGGCAAUGGGGUCUCGGGCGCCUUGAGUGGCGCAUUUGCCACAACCUUGUCCAUGGACUUGGUUGGAGGUGACGACGGUGGUCUGACGGCCUCACUGUUUAGCGGACCACCACCGCCCGGAAGCGGAGCGCCGAGUGCCUUUGGCGAUGCAAGUCCACCAGCACCACCAUUGUUUACAGGUCCUAAUUUUGGCGCACCCGGCUUUGGCUUGGGCAAUAUGGGCAACUGGCCGCAGAUGCCGAUGCCUUGGGGCUGGGGCCCACGUCCACCUUGGGGUGGAUAA